GAAAAUUCAAAUUUUUAUACAAAUGGCACGAUAAUUCAGGCAGUGACUCCAAUACUUGUUGUUUACUUGCUUAUAAAAAGGCGAAGAAAAUUAGCUAAUUAUUUACAUUUAAUUAAAAAAAUUAUCAACUGACAUCGCGUAUACCACUGUCUGUGGUGUUUGUUGAUUCGUGUUACCAUGACAAAAUAAACGAAAACUAAAUAAAUAAACAAAAACUUGAAAAGUGGUGUAGUGAAAGAAGAAAAAAACAUCCAAGGAAAAGAAGUGAAUCACCAAUAGACAUGUAGUCUCAUCGUGAACGAAGACGACGAAAACAGUUUUAAUAUUUUUGCAUAACUAAAUGAGAGAACAACAACAACAGCGAAAUAAAAGUUCAAUCGCCAUUGAUUAGAUAGACGAAUUAUUUAUGAGAGCACCAGAUUGUCGACGAAUUAGCAUUUGCCGUGUAGCGUAAAAACGAUAAUAAAACAUAAAGUGGAGCAAAGAAACUUGAAUUGAAGUGAAGACGACUUUGAACUGCAUCAUCAUGCCGUCAUCAAGCGAGAAAAACUGCUCGUCACCAACAUAUUCAAAUGAGGACGCCAAAAAUAAUGUUGAUGCAGAUUUAGUGAUGCUUGAGGAACUGAAAGUGAAAUGCCGUACUCAAACAGAACAAAUAAUGGCUUGGAAAAAAGCUUACUCCAUGCAGAGCGAGCAGCAUUUUAGAGAACAGCUGGAAAAAACUGAUCAAUUAUCUUAUCUGACUGGUCAACUUUUGCUGCUUGAAAGCCGCUUGGUACGCAAACAAAAACAAAUUGCGAACAUUUUGUAUCAACGUGAAUUAACCAUUUAUCGUCAGCAAAAGAUUAUUGAAGCAUUAUCUAGUCGACUUGAAAUGCAUGGAUUGGAUAAUCAAAUUAACAUUAUCGACAACCAGACAGAAUGUGAUUUGAAUGAUUCAGAUUCAGCUGUCGUAUUAGAAGAUAUCGACGAUUGUAACUCGCUUAUUUUAAAACGGAAAUCAUGUAGUAGUGACGUAGUCAGAUCAAUAUCCGAUGUCAUUCAGAUGCCACGUCGAACAAAUCUACAAAAGUCCAAUUGUUAUCUUCGUAGACCUGACAUUUUAGAAACAGUUUACAGUGUUGAGGAAGACCCCGAACAGAAUCAACAAGAGCAAUCAAAUCAACAGGCAAACUCACAACAGCAAAGUCCAAAGAAUCAAUCAUGUAGCGACGUCGCUGAGAAACGAGACAAAUUCAAAAAUAGAUCUGAUAAACGAAUCACUGACAUUGUAGAUGAUCAAUCACUUAGCAACGUAACCGAUUCAAUCUCUACUAAUCAAUCGUCGUCAUCGACCUUUUGGGAGAAGUUAACGAGCUAUUAUGAUUACGCGUCUCGAACUGAUUCAAGAGCAAGUACACCUAUUCAUCGACGACGUGCUUCGGACGAAGACGCAAAAUCGAUGAUAAAACCAGCAAACCAAGUGACAAAUUUCAAUCGUGUCAUGUCUAAUCAUAGAUCUGUUACGAAACCUAAAGACGUCAAAUAUAAAAGAAUAAAUAAAGCAAAAUCGAAGAGUUUGGAAGAGCUCAGAGGUAAACUGAAGAAUUGGGUGGAGCAUAGAAACAGUGGAAGUUACAAUCUUCAACAGGAGGGGAAGUCAUACGAUGAUGCAUGA